CUCUUCCUGUAGUUAUAGUCCUGCAGGCGCCCCUCGUUUAGGUUUUGAGAGGUCCCGCAGCCGCGACGCGAGCUGUGGCAACGGCCGUUUCAGCUGCUCUGUCCCAGUUGAAUCUAUAAAUUACGAACUUGCGAAGCCUCGGAAAGUCGGCGCAAUUGUGUUUCUUGGAGGAGAGAGUGGAGGAGUGGUGAUCAGGGUUGAAGAGAGAGUUGCUUUGUUGCGAAAGAGCGUGUUGAUGUGAGAUUGUUUGUAGCCAUGGGCCGUCGUAACAAGGGGAAGGCGGUGAGAGAAGGGUCGUCCGCCAUGGAUGUUGUUGCGGAUGCGAAUGGCACUGAGGCUAUGGCUGUAGAAGGCGAGACGGUUGUUGCUCCCCCUGAGCCUCUGAUCGCCGCGAUUCGUAUCGAGGGCGACGAGGGAGCGGUCACGCCGUCCGACCACACCAGCUCAGAUUACUAUUUCGAUUCAUAUGCGCAUUUCGGCAUUCAUGAAGAGAUGCUGAAGGAUGCAGUGAGAACAAAGACGUAUCAGAAUGCUAUCUAUCAGAAUAGGUUUUUAUUUAAGGAUAAAGUAGUCCUGGACGUGGGAGCAGGUACUGGUGUGCUCUCCCUUUUCUGCGCCAAGGGGGGUGCUAAGCACGUAUAUGCAGUUGAAUGCUCGACAAUGGCCGAGACUGCACGGGAGAUUGUGAAAACCAACGGAUUCAGUGAUGUUGUCACGGUUAUCAAAGGGAAGUUGGAGGACAUAACUCUGCCAGUCGACAAAGUCGACAUUAUCAUCUCAGAGUGGAUGGGCUAUUUCCUUCUCUUCGAAAAUAUGCUUGACACUGUACUUUAUGCUCGAGACAAGUGGUUGGUUCCUGGAGGUCUGGUCAUGCCCGAUAAGACUUCUUUGUAUCUCACUGCCAUCGAAGAUGCUGAAUACAAACAGGAGAAAAUUAACUUUUGGGAGCAAGUGUACGGGUUUGACAUGAGCUGUAUUAAGAAACAGGCGAUGGUAGAACCUCUAGUGGAUGUGGUUGACGCCAACCAAAUUGUGACACAUGCCGCACACUUAAAGACAAUGGAUAUCAGCAAGAUGAGCACCGGAGAUGCUUCUUUCACAGCUCCCUUCAAAUUAGUGGCUACCCGAAAUGAUUUUAUACAUGCUUUGGUCGCCUAUUUUGACGUCACUUUCUCAAUGUGCCAUAAGCCCAUUGGGUUUUCAACAGGACCCAAGGCACGGCCAACGCACUGGAAGCAAACUGUGAUGUACUUGGAGGACGUCAUCGCAAUCUGUGAGGGUGAGGCCUUGACAGGCACAAUGACAGUCUCCCAGAAUAAGAAGAAUCCCCGUGACUUGGAUGUGACUGUCACAUACAAUUUCAAGGGGAAAAGGUCGCAAGCUUCAAGAACACAGCAUUAUCGCAUGCGUUGAGUGGCAGAGGAGUAGAUGGUUUUCAAGUAGCUCUACAGUUGAAGUCUCUCCUUUUCCAGAGCUUCCUUACGUUGAUGGAAAUUAGGCUAGGUUUUUUCUAUUGCCUCUGUUGAGUCAAGAGCUAGGCAAUUGUUUUUUUUUUUCGUAUGAAAUUUAAGAAUUUUACUUAAGGAUUACUGGUCCUCCACGUCUAUUCUGUGUGUUCGUAUAAUUUCCCUGUUGUAUUGGGUGAUACUAUUUUCGUGGAGAGACACCAGGGGAUGUAAAACUCGCGAAGACUGGAUACGGAACUUCUUCUGACAGAGACCUCAAUGACAGUAUUUCAACCACUUCCCUUGAAGUUAUUUUUUAUUUCUCUAAUAAUGUAAAGAAACUAUAUUGGAUAUUCCCUUUC